AAUCAUCUUCUUCUCGGUGAUAAGAGAGAGACACAGAGAGAGAAACAAAAGGGUUGCGUAGAGUGAGGUUUUCGUAUCGACAAUGAUCAAAUGGACGAAGCAGUUGAAUGCCACAUUUGGGGCUUCGUUUCUAUGGCUGAUUUGCUUGAUUUACUUCACCCAGGGUUUUAGGUCUUUUGUGUGGACAGCAAUUUCCUACCAGCUUAAAGAUAAUCUUAAUCUGUCACCCUCAGCUUCCCAAUUUGUGUCUUCAGUAGCAUUCUUUCCAUGGAGCAUUAAACCAUUAUAUGGAAUACUUUCUGAUUGUAUCCCCAUUAAAGGAAGAAAACGGAUUCCCUACUUGGUGAUUGCGACUGUGCUCUCCCUUGUGCCAUGGUUUAUUUUAGGCUUAAAUUCAACCUUGAGGGAUUCAAGAGGGCACCUGAUGGUAUUCUUGACUGUUCAAAACUUGGGCUCAGCCAUGGCGGAUGUUGUUGUUGAUGCAAUGAUAGCUGAAGCAGUAAGAUAUGACCGGGCCUCAUUUGCAGGAGACCUGCAGUCAAUAUCUUGGUCUGCGAUGGCUUUGGGAGGAAUAUGUGGGAGUUUGUUAGGGGGAUAUGCAUUAUCCAAUUUACAGAUAGGUGCUAUUUUUCUUCUAUUUUCUGUACUACCAAGCAUACAGUUAUUAUCAUGCUGUUUUGUGGAGGAGAACUCUGUAACUAGCAAAGUUUUACCCGAGGAUUCUAUUGUAAGGGAUUCACAUAUGAAUGGUAGUACCCUAGAUGAAGAUAGUCCUUUAACCAAAAACUCCCAAAACAGUACAAGAAGAAGAAAGAAGGGAAAAAAGAACGGGAAAAGUAGAGCAGUAAAUACCAGCAAAUCAAAGAUUCUUGAGAAAGGAGACUCCUUGGCAUUACAGUUGUUCCGUUCUUUGAAAGAAGCAAUUUAUGAUUUGGGUCGUGCUUUUAGACAGCCAAUGAUUUUGAGAUCUAUGUCUUGGUUUUUCCUUGCCCACAUUACUGUUCCCAAUCUUUCAACCGUCAUCUUCUACUACCAAACAGAGGUUCUGAAGCUGGAAGCUUCUUUCCUUGGGACUGCACGGGUUGUUGGGUGGUCAGGACUUAUGGUGGGCACCUUCAUUUAUAAUCGCCACCUAAAGUAUAUGACCCUACGAAGAAUUCUCAUGUGUGCCCAUAUUGGCUUAACCUUCUUGAACCUUCUGGAGAUGGCUGUAGUGUCUAGGACAAAUAUUGCGUUUGGAGUAUCAGACAAGAUUAUGGUGCUCUUUGGCUCAGCUCUUGCUGAUGGAAUUAAUCAAUUCAAGUUCAUGCCUUUUCUGAUCUUAUCUGGACAACUAUGUCCUCCAGGAAUUGAAGGGACUUUAUUUGCCCUUUUCAUGUCUAUUAACAAUUUGGGAACAACAGUGGGGUCUUUUGUGGGUGCUGGGUUGGCUUCUGUUUUGAACAUUGAUUCAGGGUCAUUUGACAAUCUUUUCUUGGGCAUCAUGAUUCAAACCUUGUGCAAUUUCAUUCCAAUUGCUUUUCUGUUUCUGAUACCAAAAGAAGCUACAGGCUUAUCAACAUAGAUUAUGACUACCAUAGGGGAUUGGCUUUGCUUCAUUACUUUAUUUCUAGGUUUAUGGCAGUUGAUAUCUUACACUGGUACACCUGAUAAUGUUAGAGGAAAUGAGGAACAUAUUAAUCUUAUUUUUAUAAUUCUCUUUGAGAACAACACUAUACUGAUUGUAUAUACUCUUGUACAGAAAUUU